CUCUAGCUACACUUUUACCGGUAUUUAAGCUAACUAUAUUUCACUGGCAAGGGAACGAGAUCAGGGUUUCCCAAAGUCGGUCCUGGGCACUCCCCCGGUACACGUUUUGGUUUUUGCCCAAGCACUACACAGUUGAUGAUUCAAAUAAUGAAAGUUUGGGUGACCUUGGACUAGAUAACGUACGGUCAUUUGUGUCUGUUGUUAUGGGGAGGGGGGGAGAGGUCAAAUUAUGACGUCAGUGAUUUUCAGGUCUGAAAGUUGUCGCUCGAGAAAGAGGCCCGAGUUCCCGGGCUGGAAUUCUGUUGGAUAACCGUUCAACACGAAUUUUCCCAGAUGGAGCUCGUUCUUUUCCCGAGUUCCCAGUGGUCUUCAAUGCACUGGUCUGAGAUUUCCCAGUUCAGUUAUUUUUAACGCUUCAUUAGCUAAACGUCAGCACACACCCGGCUUGAUCAUUGGUUGACGUCAUCGUAGACUACCUUGUGGGUUUCAAUCUUACAUUUACACAAUUUACUGAACGAAGUAGUUACACGGGGGAAUUGUCAAAUUAGUUCAUUUUCAAGGGUGUUUAAACCAGGCAGCAAGACUGCUGCGCUGACCUGUGCAUUUGGGUCAGGAUAGCCGCCCGCACAGGCCCAUGUAGCUGGCUAACUAACGUUAGUUAAAACGAAAGCUGGUUCAUAGGAUCCUGUGGUCUGUCGUUUUUCUAGAUGGUUAUUUAGUAGUAUUCUGCCGGCACCACAAAUUAUGACGUCGUGUGUAUUGUAAUGAAGAAACCUUCAGAAUAAAAGCCCGUAUUGCAAUGUGGGUAACUCAUUCAAAAGAAUUAGCAUUUUAGUCAAUGGCAACUUUUAUUGUGCCAACAAAAGAAAAUAAAUAAUUUAUUAAAGCAAAUGUUUUAAACAAUUUUUUUUAUUUUUUUACACCAAUAAUGAAAAAAUAAUAUGUUGACACUUUGGGCUAUAGAGAACUUUUCUACCUGUCUCAGCUAAAGUGUAUUGGAAAAUGCUCAGUAGGAUCUUAACUAACCAAAUAUAUGUAGUUUUUGAGGGGAAUGUGUCAUACAUAUCCAGAAGCACUUCGUUCUCCACCCCAUCCAUAGCUGAGACGGGUUUUCUCUCUCCAGCCAAUAUGUACCCCAUGUAAAGUCUAUUACAGUGCAUUGCGAUGGAGGUGGAGAACAAAGUGCUGCUGGAUAUGUAUGACACAGUCCCCCUCAAACUACACACACUUGGUUAGUAAAAACCCUACUGAGUAUUUUCCAUUCCAGUGUAUCUGAGACGUGUAGUAACGUUUUUUUCUCUACAUCCCAAUAAGUAUCCCAUAUAGUGUUUUGCAUUGCAGUAAAUGGAGUUGGAGUAAGGAGUCACUCUGUAUUAUACCUGUUGCCCAGCAUGAGACCAAUUAAAGUUUUGCAGACUCUAUUGAGUAAUUCCAAUAACAUGUCUUAUUAAGUACAUUUCUUAAAAUGUAGCCUACACAAUAGCUUUCAACGUAGUACACUUUUAUUUGUUACAUGCGCCGAAUACAACGGGUAUAGACUUUACCGUGAAAUGCUUACUUACGAGCCCUUUCCCAACAAUGCAGAGUUUUUGGAAAAGGAAUUUUAACACAAUAAAAUAACGAGGCUAUAUACAAGGGGUACCGAGUCAAUGUGCAGGGGUACGAGGUAAUUGAGGUAAUAUGUACAUGUAGGUAGGGGUAAAAGUGACUAAGCACUGAGGAUGGAUAAUAAACAGCAGCGUAUGUGAAAGUGUGUGUGGGGGUAGAAGCUGUUCAGGAGGCUUGGCGCUCUGGUAUAGCAUGCUGUGUGGUAGCCAGGAGAACAGUCUAUGACUUGGGUGGCUGGAGUCUUUGACAAUUUCUAGGGCCUUCCUCUGACAUUGCCUGGUAUAGAGGUCCUGGAUAGCAUGGAGCUCGGCCCCAGUGAUGUACUGGGCCGUACGCAUUAACCUCUAUAACAUCUUGCGGUCAGAUGCCAUGCAGUUGCCAUACCAAGCAGUGAUGCAGCCAGUCAAGAUGCUCUCAGUGAUGCAGCUGUAGAACUUUUUGAUCUGCGGACCCAUGACAAAUCUUUUCAGUCCCCUGAGGUUAGAGUGGCGUUGUCGUGCCCUCUUCACAACUGUGUUGGUGUGUUUGGGCCAUAAUAGGUCCUUAGGGACGUGAACACAGAGGAACUCUAAGCUCUCGACCCACUCCACCACAGCCCUGUCAAUGUGAAUGGGGGCGUGCUCGGCCCUCGGUUUUCUGUAGUCCACAUACCCGUAUUUGUGUAAACUUUCAAAAUAAAAGUGUAUUUUAUUUUUACGGCUCCUGACCAAUUGUGCUAUUUUGUAUUUUUUUGUUGAUGAUCUUAAAACAUUUUUUUUAACAUGAGCAAAAAGAGCUUCUGGACAUCAGAACAGCGAUCACUUUCCUCGAUUUGGAUGAGGAUUUGUACUUCAAUGAGUCGGCGGCGAAGGACAUCUGCUCAUCCCGGACCAUGCCCAAAUCACAGACACUCGUAAAAGGAAGAGGCAACAUUCUAGAGGUUGACGUGCGGGAUACCUGACGAGACUACGUCGGCGAACGUGCAGUCACUGGAGAAUAAACUGGACAAGCUCCAUCAAGACUAUCCUAUCAAUACGACGCAAUCUCUACUGCACUCCGCACUGCCCUUUCCCACCUGAACUUCCUGACCCCAGGUGGUGAGGGUAGGCGGCAACAACAUCCGCCACGCUGACCCUCAAUGCAGGGGCCACUCAGGGAUGCGUGCUUAGUCCCUUACUGUAUUCCCUGGCCGGGCACGACUGAUGACAUGACGGUGAGCUACCAGCUGAAGAAGGGAAGUCUCUAUGGGAGCUUGUUGUUGAACAGUUUGAAGAUUUACUUGUACGAAUUCUUCUGCUGGCAGCUUGUAUAUCUUUUGUCUUGGCCUUAUUCGAGGAUGGAGAAGAAACAAUCACAGCCUUUGUGGAGCCUUUUGUAAUCUUACUCAUUCUUAUAGCCAAUGCCAUAGUGGGUGUGUGGCAGGAACGCAAUGCUGAGGAUGCCAUUGAAGCCCUUAAAGAGUACGAGCCUGAGAUGGGUAAGGUCUACCGCCAGGACAGGAAGACCGUUCAGAGGAUCAAGGCCAAAGAAAUCGUGCCUGGAGACAUCGUGGAGGUUGCUGUUGGAGACAAGGUUCCCGCAGACAUCCGUCUUACUUCCAUCAAAUCUACAACCCUGAGAGUAGACCAGUCCAUCCUGACCGGCGAGUCGGUCUCUGUCAUCAAGCACACGGACCCAGUGCCUGACCCUCGAGCUGUCAACCAGGACAAGAAGAACAUGCUCUUCUCCGGCACCAACAUCUCGUCUGGCAAGGCUAUUGGUGUGGUGGUGGCCACGGGCGUGAACACUGAGAUUGGUAAGAUCCGUGAUGAGAUGGCAGCCACUGAGCAGGAGAAGACCCCCCUGCAGCAGAAGCUGGAUGAGUUCGGGGAGCAGCUGUCCAAGGUCAUCUCCCUCAUCUGCAUCGCUGUGUGGAUGAUCAACAUCGGCCACUUCAACGACCCCGUCCACGGAGGCUCCUGGAUCCGCGGCGCCGUCUACUACUUCAAGAUCGCCGUGGCCCUGGCCGUGGCCGCCAUCCCCGAGGGUCUGCCUGCUGUCAUCACCACCUGCCUGGCGCUGGGCACCCGCCGCAUGGCCAAGAAGAACGCCAUCGUCCGCAGCCUGCCCUCUGUGGAGACCCUGGGCUGCACCUCGGUCAUCUGCUCCGACAAGACCGGCACCCUCACCACCAACCAGAUGUCUGUCUGCAGGAUGUUCAUCAUUGACCAGGCCGAAGGGAACAGCUGCUCUCUGAAUGAGUUCACCAUCACUGGCUCUACUUACGCCCCUGAAGGAGAAGUGUACCAGGAUGGCAGACUAGUGAAGUCCUCUGCGUUUGAUGGUCUGGUGGAGAUUGCCACCAUCUGUGCCCUGUGCAAUGACUCCUCUCUGGACUUCAACGAGGCCAAAGGUGUGUAUGAGAAGGUUGGCGAGGCUACAGAGACGGCUCUCACCUGCCUGGUGGAGAAGAUGAAUGCGUUUGACACCGAUGUCAAAGGCCUGACCAAGAUCGACAGGGCCAAUGCCUGCAACUCUGUGAUCAUGCAACUGAUGAAGAAGGAAUUCACCCUGGAGUUCUCCAGAGACAGGAAGUCGAUGUCUGUGUACUGCACCCCCAACAAGGCCCGCUCCUCGCUUGGAAAGAUGUUUGUCAAGGGUGCCCCCGAGGGAGUUAUUGACAGAUGUACUCAUGUCAGAGUGGGCACCUGCAAGGUUGCCAUGACCCCGGGCAUCAAAGAGAGGAUCAUGUCAACGAUCCGUGGGUACGGGACGGGGCGUGACACCCUGCGCUGCCUGGCUCUGGCCACCCGGGACACCCCACCCAGGAAGGAGGACAUGGUGCUGGUUGAUUGUGCCCGCUUCGUUGAUUACGAGUCUGAUCUGACCUUCGUGGGCUGCGUUGGCAUGCUGGACCCUCCCAGGACCGAGGUGGCUGCCUCCAUCAAGCUGUGCCGCCUAGCCGGCAUCCGCGUCAUCAUGAUCACCGGCGACAACAAGGGCACUGCCGUGGCCAUCUGCCGCCGUAUCGGCAUCCUGGGUGAGGAAGACGACGUGGACAAAAUGGCGUUCACUGGCCGCGAGUUUGACGACCUGUCCCCUCAGGCCCAACGUGAUGCUGUUAUCAACGCCCGCUGCUUCGCCCGUGUCGAGCCCUCCCACAAGUCCAAGAUCGUUGAGUUCCUGCAGGCCAUGGAUGAGAUCACAGCCAUGACUGGUGAUGGAGUGAACGAUGCUCCUGCCUUGAAGAAGGCAGAGAUUGGCAUCGCCAUGGGCUCUGGCACUGCCGUGGCCAAGUCAGCCUCUGAGAUGGUCCUGGCCGAUGACAACUUUUCUUCCAUCGUGGCGGCUGUGGAGGAGGGCAGGGCCAUCUACAACAACAUGAAACAGUUCAUCCGCUACCUCAUCUCCUCCAACGUGGGAGAGGUCGUCUGUAUCUUCCUGACGGCUGCUCUGGGCUUCCCUGAGGCUCUGAUCCCCGUUCAGCUGCUGUGGGUCAACCUGGUGACAGAUGGUCUCCCUGCCACCGCACUGGGCUUCAACCCCCCUGACCUGGACAUCAUGAACAAGCCCCCCCGCAGUGCCAAGGAGCCCCUCAUCUCUGGAUGGCUCUUCUUCAGAUACCUGGCCAUCGGAUGCUAUGUGGGAGCUGCCACAGUGGGAGCCGCUACCUGGUGGUUCGUGGCUGCUGAGGAUGGCCCUAUGAUCUCUCUGUACCAGCUGAGCCACUUCCUGCAGUGUUCCCCGGACAACCCUGACUUCUCAGACCUGGAGUGUCAUGUGUUUGAGUCCCCCUACCCCAUGACCAUGGCCCUGUCUGUGCUUGUCACCAUUGAGAUGUGCAAUGCCCUUAACAGCCUGUCAGAGAACCAGUCCCUGCUGCGUAUGCCUCCCUGGGAGAACAUCUGGCUGCUGGGGGCCAUCUGCCUCUCCAUGUCCCUCCACUUCCUCAUCCUCUAUGUGGAGCCACUGCCCGUCAUCUUCCAGAUCACCCCUCUGGACCUGACCCAGUGGCUGGUGGUGCUGAAGAUCUCCCUGCCCGUCAUCCUGCUGGAUGAGCUGCUAAAGUUCGUGGCCAGGAACUACCUGGAACCCGGUAACCAGCCAGAGUCUAAGUCAGCCAGCAAAGGCUGGUCCCUCUCUGCAUGCACAGAGGGCAUCUCCUGGCCCUUUGUGGGCAUCACCCUCCCCCUGGUGCUGUGGCUCUACAGCAUCGACACUAACGUGUCUGCCCUGUUCUGGUCCUGACUACACCACACAACCCUCCCAGUGCACCAGUGUGAGUGGAGAUUAAUACACGUCUAACAAAAUCCCCCAUUAACCAGGAUCAACCACAUCAACUGCAGUGAGCGCUCAAGUCAACAUUUGUACCUGUGUUGAUGACAGAUGUAAUCUGUGAGCCCUCUGCUGGUUCGUCUCCAGGACAUUUUCAUCAUUCCGCUUUUUUAUUCAUAUUUUUAAUGCUUUUGGUUUGUCAUUUGUCCAUGUCUUUAAUUUAAUAUCAAGGUUUUGGUUAUUUUUUUGCUCCCCUUUUCUUUUCUUUUUUAACAGGCAUAAAAAAAAUCAGCUAUUUAGGAGCUGUCUGUGUAUAGAGAAUUAACACUAUUUUAUCAAAAUUAAGAUUUUUGUAGCUUUGGGAAGGCGUGUGGGGGGAGGGGGGGCAGCCAGGUGGUAUAAGGGGAGUGCACAGAACUCAAACGUUUCUCUUGUUUUCAGUGUGAACUUUGACCUCUAAAGAACUUGUAGAUAAGUAUGCUGUGCCAUAACUGUAAGGACCAUCAUUUGCACUGAAUCAGAAGUCUGUACCAAAACUGCAUGUGUUCUGCCCAGGCAUGAAUAACGGGAAUUUCUUCACCAAAUGAAUGAUUGUUCGUUCCCCUGUUUGAACUCCUCCAUUUGCUUUUUUUGUGUUUAUUUUCUGCUCUAGUCAGAGCACAGCUACCUCAAUGCUAUUGAUAUCACAAUUGAUUACUACCUGUGUUCCUCAGUAAGCUUUUCAUAAACAUUGUCAUAUUGCGUGUUGAGGUAUGUGCCAUUUGGCUUGUGAAUAAGGAAAUCUAGAGCCCUCAUUUGCCUUUUUAUGUUGCUUUUUUAAAGUUUAAUAUUGUUCUUUUGAUGUUCCUUGAGGGAGGUUAGGGUUAGGAAAAAUAUGUAAAUGUUACCUUAGUUCAAUUCAAAGCAGUUUUUUGUAAUAUAGACAAGCCUGUCGUUAAACACGUUUACUUGAACACAACAUAUUCUGUCUUUUCAUUAAGGUUCACUUUUUUAUGUUUGGUCUUCAUUUAUGGACACUGUAGUGUCUUUAUUACAAUAAUAAUAUAGAUUAAGUAUUGUGCAUAUACUGUACUUGAAUAUGUAUAAACACACCAAGUGGUAGAUUUUCAUAUCAGUUGAGCACAAGAUGGAUGCUUUGAUGGGACUGUUGUGGUCAGCACUCCCUAUUGGGGUGGAUCACCAAGCAGAGACUGCUUUGGCCAUAGUAUAUAGGCCCAAUGCUAAAAUGACUGGCUUGUAGAAGAGUCUGUACAUAUAACACAAAUAGUAUCUAUGUGUAUAGAGUUUUAAUGAUGCUCCAUACCUUUACACUAGUUUUACUUGAGUGUGUUUUAGAAACACCGUAGGUAAUAGGUAUUCCUAGAAAGCAGGCUUUCUCCAAUACCAUGCCAGUAAACGCUUGAGUGUAAUUAAACCUAACUGCUAUUUCUUCCAAUCAGUGGUGGAAAAAGUACCCAAUUGUCAUACAUGAGUAAAAGUAAAGAUUUGUUAAUAGAAAAGUGAAAGCCACCCAGUAAAAUACUACUUGAGCAAAAGUCUAAAAGUAUUUGGUUUUAAAUAUACUUACAUAUCAAAAGUAAAAGUAUGAAUCGUUUAAAAUGGCUUAUUAAGCAAACCAGAUGGCACAAUCAUUUUUAUUUACAGAUAGCCAGGGUCACACUCCAACAGUCAGACAUCAUUUACAAAUGAAGUGUUUGUGUUUUAGUGAGUCUGCCAGAUCAGAGGAAGUAGGGUGUGUCAACUGGACCAUUUUCUGUCCUACUAAGCUAUCAAAAUAUAACGAGUAUUUUGGGGUGUCAGGGAAAAUGUAUGGAGUAAAAAGUACACCAUUUGCUUUAGGAAUGAAGUGAAGUAAAAGUUGUCAAAUAUAAAUAGUAAAGUACAGAUAUACACACACACAAAAAUGACUUUAGUACUUUAAAGUAAUUUUAAGUACUUUACACCGCUGAAUGUCUUACUGCAUUUAUUUCCAUCUUUCUGUUUGCACUUGGCAUGAAGCAGUAGAUGACUUAAUGGCUUUCUGUUCACCAUGCCUUUUUAAAUUCCCAGUGAGAGCCAUGUCUCUGUUUGCGUCUUUGCUUUUUUGACCUAUGCCUUGUUUCUGUCUGUCCUAUGAUUGAUUUGGUUUCUCCCUGUCUUUCUCUCUCCUCUCUCUGCAGCUAGUGCCGUGUAAGCCCGCUCCUCCUAUAAAUCCCUUGUAGGAACUGCUUUAGUGUUGUGCAUGUGUUUUGAGCAGCACCACAUCUUCCAAGACCUGCAUGUCAAUAAAGAAGAGCUAUCAAGACAUGAAUGAUACAUUUCAUAAGCAAUUACAUGACAAAAAAAGUAAUCAAAUGGUAUAUUUUUUUUACCCGAAUAGAUAUAAAUGUUUUUGGAAUCAAAUGAACCAAUCCCAGGCCCCUCCAUCCUUACAUGAAGAGCCAUAGGCUGCAUUUACACGACAGCCCAUUUCUGGUCUUUUGCCCAAUUAUUGGCAAAAGACCAAGUAGUGAAGAAAUAUCAGAAUUGGGUUGCCUGUGUAAAUGCAGCCUUCAAACUAGACACGAGUUCCUAUGUUAUCUUAAUAUACCUAUUAUAGUUUUCUAUUAAUGUACACUAUUCCAUGAUGCAUGUUCUCUGAAGCAGCCAUUUUAUCAGAUGUGUAAUUAAUGUAUUGAUAAAUUAAAUGGACAAUAGUACAAAUGAUCUUUUCCUAAGGAACUCUUUUUUGGGGGGGGAUGUGUAAAAUAACCAAAUAGACUUUUCUUUGCGCUGUAAUGUGCAACAUGUUUGAAGCAGAUUUUGCGGUAUCUGGGACAGCGGAGGUGUGGCGAUAGCUGCAGAUCCAUUACCCUGAAAGUCAGUCCCUUCAGUGGCACACGUGUGCCAAACUAAUUUCAGAGCUGACGAUUGUAUUGUCACAUGACUUGUGGUUUCAGGUAAAUAAAGCAAUUCUACAUUAA